CGGUGGACCAUGCAACACGCAUAACUCAGUAUUCUGUAAACACUGAUACGUUACUGGUGAAAGUUGUCUCGUCCAGUGCUGUUUGUUUAUAAUUUUCCUGGUGCUACUGGGACACUGCAUCUUAAUCCUGCUUUACAUCGCAAUUGCAACUGGAAAUACCCUUAUAGAUGAGUCGAACAUUAAAUGAUAUAUUGUGUAAUAUGCGAUUCUUGCAACAGAGAUUGUUUAUACACGUUGGGACUAAAGCUUGAUGUUUGUGAUGAAAGAUUGUAACCCUGUUACCGUCAGAUAUGGCAGAGAAUAAUGGUGACCUUGGACCCCUAGAUUGCAAGGUGUGUUGGAUUCGAUACAACACAGAUGAUCGACGACCACGUAUUCUUGACUGUGGUCACACUUUCUGCACUAAAUGCCUCGUUACCUCUGCUGGAAAAAAGACUUUGAGGUGUCCUAGUUGCCGCACUUCCUAUAAAAUCAAUUCUGUCUCAUCCGUAAGCAUCAACAUUAAUAUUGAGGACUUCUUGGAGUCAACGGGAUUACUGGCAUCUCCUCAGAGUACUGCUGGUAUUUGUGCUGAACACCCUGAUUAUCCCCUUUUCUUUUAUUGCCUUCAGCAUCAGGUCUGGAUGUGCUAUAUGUGUAAGAACCUAAAUCAUCCAGAUAUUGAUAGUUGUGAUGUAAUCUCUUAUGAAAAUUAUUUGCUGCGUCUUAAGAAGAAAGGACAGAACAUUUUCUUAAAUCAAAUCGAACAUUGUAAUCGUAUUUCCGAGGUAAUUGAAAGAAAAACUAAUGAGAUAAAUUACAUUAUUGAUGGCUACAAUCAGCAAAUUCAAACACUAUAUGCCAGGAUUUACACUCUUAGACAGUCUAUAGGGGUUCUGGUUAAUGAACACUCAGAAAUGGCCCGAGUGCAGCAUGAGGGCAAGCUGGGAUGUCAAGAGUUAAGGAAAGCCCACAGAGAUUUAAAUCAGACUACAAAUUUAGUGGAAAUGGAACAGACUAUGAGUAACUUACUGUAUUGGCAGCAAACAACUCAGGAAUGGAUGGAUUUUACCAAGAAGUGUUGUAAUAUCCCAGCAACCCUUGAUGAGUCAGAAGAGGGUAUGAAAACAAAACUCUACAUGAAUAGCAGUGAUCAACAAAAAACUUGUAUUCAUGAUGCCCAGAAACGUAAUAAUGACAAAAAAUUUCAAAUCUUGAAAACAAAAUACUUAAAAACUGACAAUAAAAUGAAUGAAGAACAUAAGAGAUUUAAUAUCAGUGUUAUUGAGGACAUUGUAAAUAUAAGUGAUGGACUCUUACUAGACAACAGUGAUAAGCCACCAGCUGUCAACAUCAUGAGAUCUGUAACUGGCCCCAGUGGACUACCAAUGAUUUCAAAUGAUCAGCCUUCUAAUCUUAACAAUGUUCCACAAAUUCAGAUGAGUAUAUUUAAAGAGAUGAAACAGAUAAAACCUGGACUGACUGCAAACCCGGUGACACCUUUUACUAUAGACAUAACACUCAAGGUGUUACAAAAACUUAUCCCAUGGUUGCUAAGAUGUCGUGGACAAAUUGUGGCAGUGGACGCCUCCUCCGACCAACAAGAACAUGAGCAGACAAACUACGCUGAGGUAUCUGAGCUAGAGAAAAAAAUUCAUCUGCAUUCUCUCAGGAAUUAUGCUUAUCAACCAUCACCCAGCAGUAUAAUGCUACCGUAUGGAAAGCUUCUCCGUCUGGCGAGGGAUUAUGGUGCUCUGGCCUUCUUGGAUUUUAAUUGGGGUUCAGCACAUGGACGCAUUUAUGUGCGCCUUAAAAGAAACUCUGCACAGGGCAAUCAGUUCCUACAGUUCUGCACCGGAUAUGAUGGAAGGACAUAUGUAGGUACCCAUCUUCUACAAAUAUUCAACAAGGAUAACCCUGGUGAGUGCAUUAUUGUUGGGGAGAAUGAUCCAAAACAACCUUUGUCAGCCAGUUUAACCAACAUUGGCUACUCUUCGAAUGGACAAUACUCACGUCCAUGGAGCCCAGGCUUAGUGUGGGGAGGAUGGGGAACAUGUUCUACACAAUUUGGUAUUACACUGAGACACUGGACUGGUGGUUUACCUGCACCUUCAUGCUUUGGAUGGAUAGAGAGUGGUUUAGAAAUAUUGCAGUCAGCAGUAUUGCAUCCCAAUAUCUCUCAAGUAAAAGUAGUUGAUUGUGGAGUUGUAAUUUCAUAACUGUUUUGUGUGAAAUACAUUUUUAGAGGUAUGUCAUGUCUCAAUAUUUUCCACUCUUACCAUCAGACAUUAACAAUCAUUUUCACCCAACAAGUUACAAACAAUUAUGUAUCACAACCCAUCAGUUGCCAUACUGCUGUAAAGCUGUGUUUCAUAUCUGCAGCCCAUAUCAUGUGAGGGUAAUGCAGUACUCAAGAAAACUCUAGCUGCCUCUUGAAUAAUUACUUGACUUGUAGGGAUGUGCCAGAUAUCUAGCAAUUAUUCAGUAUCUGAUAAUUUUUUAUUAUACUGCCAGAUAGCCAAUUAUCGUCUUGCACUGCAGCUGGAUUGUUAUAAAAUUUUGAAAUGAUGGAGAAAUAUCAACACUUAUGGUAGUGCUGAUUCUCCUCCGAGCAGUCAGUUAGAACACUGUUUUCUUUCUAUGUUUUCAAACAUUAGUAUAAAAAUAAAAAGGCUAUUUUUGCAUAAUGAUAGUUGAUUGAAAUUCAUUCAGAUGUUUAGGAGGAAUGGGGAUUUGAAGUUGACACACAUGAAAUUUCUAUACAGUAUUUUCAGAGAUUUAUAGAAGAUUCAAAUUUUGAACUUAGAUAGCAAUUUCAAUUAAUUAAUUGACAGAAUGAGCCUUUUCUGUGGUACCUUAUUUAUUUAUAAAAGUUCAGUUGCUUAACAGGAGUAAUUAUAAGAAGUGAAAAGUUUACAGGCAACCUACCAACCAACCAAUCACCCACUAGAUCAGCCAGCCAUUCAUCAGGAGCAAAUACAGCAUGGUGUCCAUCCCUGAAAUAUACAAAUAUUUAUGUACACUUUAUAAACAAUACAGUGACCCCUCGGUUAACGAGCUCAAUCCGUUCCAGAAGGUCGUUCGUUAACCGAAAAGUUCGUUAACCGAAACCAUUGUUUCAAUGGGUUUUUGGGUAAUUGGUUCCAGCUCACC